AUGUCAAUUGAAAAAAUUCGACCAGUAUUCGGAGGUUUAUAUGUCGACAGAAAUCAUUCAUUCUUUGUGGUAGAUUUUUAUAAUGAUAGGGUAUUGAAAUAUGAUGACUGGAAUAAUCCACAACCAAGAGUUGUUGCCGGUGGACGGAAUUGGUAUUAUCCUGUUAAUGCCCCAAAUCAAUUACAUGGACCUCAUUCAGUGUUCGUCGAUGAAAUACGUGAUAAUGCCAUGUAUAUUGGCGAUCGCAAUAAUCAUCGAAUCCAGAAAUGGAUACAAGGUGAAAGUUUUGGAACAACUAUUUUAAGUAAUGCAUCAUUACCAUUUUUACCAGCUCAAUUUUACCCACUUUAUGUACAAAUUGACGAAAAUGGAAUGAUCUAUGUGCCGUAUUGGUCUGGAAUAUUGCGAGCGUCUCUUCUUGAUCUAAAAUGGUUUGUGAUUGUAGGUGGUAUUGAGCGUUCUUGGGAAUUGGAAUAUACAGCCUCGAAACUUGAAGAUCCAGGAUAUUUUGUAUUUGAUUCAAAUUUUGAUUUAUUUGUGAAUGAAUUGGGAAAAGACUCAAUUUGGAAAUUUUCAUUUAAUGCUUCUUCUUGUUAA